AUGGCGCUCUCUGCUAUGUUCAGCGGUUUGAAAGAGAGGAAGUUUACCUUCUCCAUUGGGAAGAAUCCGCUGAAGACAUUAGCUAAGCUCGUCACCAGAGCUCAAAAAUACACUAACGCUGAAGAAUUCUCCAACUCUCGCAAAAAUGUUCAAGUGGCAGAGCUGACUACCAAAGGGAAGAGGUUGAGGAACGAAGAACCUCAAUCAUCCAGUAAAAAAUCAUAUGACCGUGUUCCUCAUGAUCAUUGGCCGAGCAGGAAGCCAAAGGGCAAGUUCCGUUCCUAUACUCCACUCAACAUAUCUACAGAGCAAAUAUUGCUGGACAUUAGGGGUCAAAAGCUUCUAAAUUGGCCCGUUUGUAUGAAGGCCGACCCGGAACACCGGGACAAGCGCAAGUAUUACCAGUUCCAUCGAGACCACGGUCACAAUACGACUGACUGCGUGGAUCUCAAAGAUGAGAUCGAGACCCUCAUCCGUAAGGGUCAUCUGCGUGGAUACACCAAGGAGGAGAGAACUGCUCGAAGAGAAGAGCAGCCGAGCAAAGCUACAAAAGAACCGAUCGAAAUCCGUACCAUCUUUGAUGGUUCGUCUGGUGGAGGAGACUCAAACAGGGCUCGUAAAGCCCACUACCGGAAGUCUGACCCGAAGCACUACGUCCACAUGACCGAGAGGCCGAGGAAAGAACUUCGAGUCAGCCCUUGA